AUGGCCAAAAAUUUACAUGGUCAUCCUAUUGCAAGUCGGUUAAACGUGGAAGAAAAGAAACUUGUUUAUGAGAUGAUAAAUGACAUGGUCCUUCCAAAAGAUAUUCUUACGACUUUAAAAAAACGAAGGCCAGACAAUGUGACUACUAUCAAACAUAUUUAUAAUACUAUUCGCAAUUAUAAAAAGUCUAAAAAAGAAGCUGAUGGUGUCGUCAAAGAAUAUCAUCCAGAAAUCUCUAUUAAGGAAGAGAUGGAAGCAGUUCAGGCUUGGUUUGACAGUGCUGAUUACAAUACAAUGAUAUAUAUUAAAGAUCGGCUGAGUCAAAUAGCCUUUCUAGAAAUGACUUCACCGUGUCCAUCUCCAGAGAAGGGUAAUGGAAACCUACCAGUCUUUAAAGAAGAGACUUCACUGUGUCCAUCUUUAGACUUGGACUUGGGUAAUGGAAACCUACCAGCCUUUCGAGAAACGACUUCACUGUGUCCAUCUCUUAACUUGGGUAAUGGAAACCUACCAGCCUUUCAAGAAAUGACUUCAUCUAGUCCAUCUCUAGAGAAGGAUAAUGGAAACCUACCGGUCUUUUCAGAAAGGACUCCAUCGUGUCCAUCUCUAGACUUGAGUAAUGGAAACCCUCCACUUGCUUAUGAUUUUGAAACUUCGUUAAUGUGA